CCCCGGCCCUCGUCGAUAAAGAUGGACACCCUGGAGCGCGUGCAGGAGCAGGUCCGGGCGUUGGAGCAGCAGAGCCGGCAGGAGCGGCGGUGGCGGCGGCAGCAACAGCAGCAGCAGCAGCAGCUCGGCGUGUUCAAGGUCGACGAGGUCGUGUUCCCCGGCAUGACGAAGCGGUUUCGGAUCUUCGAGCCGAGGUACCGCGCCCUGGUGAAGCAGUGCCUCGCCGAGGACGAGCCCCUCGCGAUCCUGCCGCUUUCGAGGGGUGGGAACACCGUCGCCACCACCGCAAGGGUGUCCGGCCUGUACAACGUGGAGGCAGACGGAAGAUGCGAGGUUGAGAUGACCGGAAUCGCUCGGUGUAGCGUCAAGACGAUGUGGAUGAAAGGGGAGAGCUUCGGACUGUUCGAGGCCGAGGUCGAGCUCUUCGGCGACGAACAGGCCAAGGCAGAGGAGGAGACAGAGGUAAACACGGGGACGGCCCCCGAGCAGCCCCGGGAUGCAACUGUGGACGCUGCGGGCGAAACGUUUGGCCAAGAAGAGACCGGUGGAACCGAUCAAGUUGGUCGGAAAGGAAAGGGUGCAGGUGGAGAUCGCGGCGACGGGGAGAGGCUGAUGGCAGAGCUGCCGGAGUUGGAGCGGUUGCGAAUAGAGGUGUCCGCCAUCAUGCAGAAGGAGCUGUACCGCACCCGAACACGGGGUCGCUCCCCGCUGUGGCCCAGCUGGGACGGGUCGGUUUCCCACGGCGACGCCCAGGCGGCCCUCACGGUCACCUCGCCGCCGCUACCAACCCCCCUCACUAUCAAGACCGCUGACGAUAGCGUCGAAGCCGCCGCGAGCAGCAGCAGCGGCGACUGCUCCAACAGUGCCGUUGACGGCGGUGGCGGCGAAUACGACACCGUUGACGGCAACGGCGGCGGUGAGAUCGGUGUUGGCGACAAGAGCAGCAUCGGCGGCCUAGACCCAUGCGACCUCGACGCGGAAGCCCUGAGCUACUGGGCCGCGCACAACGUCGAGGCCGGCGCCCUGAUGAAGCACGAGUGGCUCUCGUCCACCAGCACGGCGGCGCGGCUCAGGGGCGUCCGAGACCUGUGCAGGUUCGCGCUGGCGAGGCACCGGGACCGGAGCACGGUCGACGGGGGCGUGCUCUCCCGGCCGCUUUCGGCGUUGCGCGACCUCACGUCGAGAUAAAAGAAAAGCGUCGCAGAUGAGCGAGGCGGAAGCAUGUGAUAGCCUAAGGGCAAGUGAGCUUUGGGUGGCAGGGGAGGCAGCUAUGCAGUCCCAUUUGCUACGCAUGUAUGAAACCUGAGAGGUGUGCAUGUUUGUCCCCUUUGGUUGCUGUGUAGUGGGGGCAGCGGCAAUGGCGGCGUCCCGUCUUGUUUUGCCGCGCGUACAAGAACGUUGGUGGUUUGAUGGUAAGCCGGGGUGCUUGCUUUUGGGGCGACGUGUCGCUGUGAUGAUGAAGAAAAAAAAAAAAUGUGGUGCGGGUGUGGCUGCAGGGGGUAUUUGGGCUAGAGAAGCCGUGAAGAAUCUCACACGCGCCACUUCCGUCGCGCCAGAUGCCAUAGAAACGCCCUUUUUUUGUUCUGUUGGGUUCAAUGUGGUUCGGUUUUUGUCUAGCGCGCGCCCCUCCCGGCAAUCGACACGAGCAGCCCUUCGUUGUGUCUCGGUCGUUUUUGACUUGAAAACACGGUGCGUGAAAAAUAUGGCCCCGUCGAUGUACAUGGUUUUCCUGGGGUACCCCCGAGGUGCGGGUAUAUGGGAUUUUAGCCGGUCUGUUUUUUUGUUUAGUCGUUGGUCAACACUCCGGCUUCGUUGGUAAUGCCUACUUGUUUCUAGACAGUUGACCAUGCACAGACAAACCGAAAGUCGUCUUGAGGUCCGCCUGAACCUCGACGACUCAAAACACAGCAGCAUAGACGUCUACUAGCGCCAUACAAGUAGGUGGGGAACCCAUUGCAAUUGCCCCUUAUUUUUUUCUCGCUCAUACUUUCGUGGCUAGAUCGUGUCGCAGGGUCCUGUAUGCAGCCGCGGGUUGUGAACAAGACGUCACAUGCCACCGGAAUUGUGUCCGGAGCGACUUCCGUGUGCUGGUUAUUUCUGCUAGUCCUCGAGCUGUGCCUCUCGCCCACAUGGGAACCAGCCACGCCAGUUUUUGGGCAGUUACCGCCGGUUUUGGGGCAGUUAUUAGAGGGAUUUCCAGGAGAUGCGAAAGUUCGCCUGACCUUUUGUCAUGUUGUUCAUUAGCGGUUCAGUCGUAUAUACGAGCAUGUUUGAUACGUUGGAGCCAUCAUUGUUCCCUUGAUGAAUUCCGCUGCCGUGUGGAGACAAACUGAAGCCCCUCGGGCUCGUCCAUUUUGCAAGCGGUGUCGUAGACCGGUGCACGGACCUGUUUCAUACCAUAUUGUCAGCGCACACUUGGCCAGUCGCAUAACUGCCGCUCCAUGCCUACUAUUAUAGCGCAUGGCGGCUGUUCCUCUUCGCUGGGAUUAGAGGUAGGAGUGGCUGUGCUCUGGCUAUGCCGAUGCCUAUGGGUCGGUUGACUGGGUAGACCUGGUUCUUACGAAGUCGUAGAGCGUCUCGACACCGUCAGUGCAUGACGUAUUGCCCGAGCUUUCUUGUAAGUAGGGCAAGAGGCAAGGAGUAUGUUGGACAUUAUCCCCACUGGCUCCGGCCUGGCGCCAAGAGAGAGAAAGAGAGAGAGGAUUGUAGUGUUGGGGGUUGUGUUUAUCUUCCCGGGUCAAAUUUUGCAUGUAUAUACCACGUGACAGAAAACAAUAAAACACAAGUCUACAACACCCUAAAGUCUCUCGGAUUUUUGAGGUGACGUUUUCGGUGGCACGCCAAGUCGUAAUGCCUCACGCCGUCACUUCGGGGGGGGAGAGGGUGGCACUCCCGCAGAUGGAUUGGGCUAUAUGUCACAGCCGUUAGUUGCGCAACAUCCGCGGGGGUGCGCCAAUAGCUGGUGUCCAAUAAGCACGAGACUCUCUCCCAGGAAAUCGAUUUUGCCACAGGCGGAACACCGGCGGAAACGCAGCGUGUCUGCGUUCCGUCCCCGUUGAGAACACGGAAUCGACCACGGGAGCAUUACAACACGGUUUCCGUAUUCUCGUAUGGUCACUCCAUCCAACCCCUUCGAGUAGCAAUCGCCAUGCCUCUUCUCGUAGACAUAGUAAGUGAUAUUUCACAUUUCUACUUGAGAUUUGUUCCGAGGUGUCCAAGGAACGCCUUCAUCCUGUUGUAGUUGACGUUGAGGUCGCCCUGCCCCACUCUCAACUCCGACUGCACCCAAACCUCGGUCGCUCCCGCCUUGUUCUUGAAGAUUUUCACCUGUCGUGACAUACAUAUAUUAUUUAUUUGAGCUGUGUUCCGAGGUGUCCUAGGAACGCCUUCAUCCUAUUGUAGUUGACGUCGAGGUCGCUCUGCCCCACCCUCAGCUCCGACUGCACCCACACUUCCGUCGCUCCCGCCUUGUUCUUGAAGAUUU